AUGCCUCCGCCGCCGCCGCCGCCAAUACAAUCGCUGCCGGACGAACUACUCGAGGAGAUCUUCUUCCGCCUCCCGCCGAAUGAGCCGUUGUGCCUCGUGCGUGCCUCCGUCGCCAACAAGCGAUGGCUCGGUAUUCUCUCCUGCCACGCCUUCCGUGGUCGCUAUCGUAAGUUCCAUGGAUCUCCUCCCAUGUUGGGGUUCCUUUAUUCCUGGCCCUUCGAGUUUCUCUCGAGGAAAGCCCCCUCCCCGCGCUUCAUCUCCACCAUGAAAUUUGGUGCGGACAUUCCUGACAACCGCGGGGGUAACUAUAAAUACCCUGCAUGGGACUGCCGCCAUGGUCGCGUUCUCCUUCGGGAUAAUUGGGCACCAACGCACCUUGUUGUUUGGGACCCCAUGACGGGCCGCCAAAGAAAGCUAAAAGUGCCUACGUCGAUGGGCUACGUCAAUGGGGCCACUGCACUCUUUUGUGCAGCGAGUGGUUGUGACCAUCACGCGUGUCAUGCAGGGCCCUUCCAAGUGGUAUUCUUGGGCCUUGACAUGACAGAUGAUGACAAUUGUGUUGCACACGCACGUGUGUCCUCGCCGGUGACAGGUGACUGGAGCAAGUCAUUCUCUGAUGUUGAGUGGAGCGAUAUGUGCUCUAGUUUACAACUUGCGCCUGAUGCAUUAAUCGACUCAAUGCCUUCCAUCCUUGUUGAAAACACACUUCACUUCAUGCUUACACACGAUGAUGAUGAUAGUGUCAACAUUCUCAAAUAUGACUUGAGCUCUAAUUGCUUAUCGCUGAUUGACGCGCCAUUGUCCGGGGCUAUCAUUAGCGGUUCCACUAUCCUCAUGUCGAUGGAGGAUGGCAGUUUGGGUUUUGCGCAUGUGGACAAGGUAACCCUCAACAUAUGGUCAAGACAAUUGGAUGCUAAUGGAAUUGCGUCAUGGAAUAUGUGUAGAGUCGUCGAACUCAUGAACCUUAUCCCUAUUCAAAAUCCAACCAAAAGGCUUAAACUGAUUGGAUCUAUGGAGGGCAGUGAUAUCAUUUUCAUAACUGCGGACCUUGGCAUCUACGAGGUUAAUAUUAAGACACUACAAUGGAAGAAGCUAUGGAAGAGAGAGAAAUUCCGUUAUUUGAUACCAUACAUGAGUUUCUACAAUCCACCAGAAUGGCUGAGACCUUGUGAUGUGGCGCAUUGA